ACACGAGGACAAGAUGUUUUAGCAUAGAAGUCUCACUGAGACAGAUAAUGAUAUGUAUGCAGGAAUUAUUCAGAGCUCCUGUAAUCUGCUUUUUUCGAGAUAAACACUAAAGAAAUAGAUUAUACCAGUCGUUUCAUUAGGAGGAGUUACUUAUGUUUGUACAGAUCCAAUGGGUAAUAUUGUAACAGUCUUUCAGUUUUCCUGAAGAAUGAAUUAGUAGUACUCGGGCAGCGUUUCCAUGCAACAGCGCAGGAAGCCCCGCAGCAUACGGACGCAGGGAUAGAUGCUGUAGAGCGCGUUCAUCCGGACUCAGAGCGCCUUUUUAGAGCCGAUGGAGCGACAAGAUGAUGGGGAGGAUAGUGCAGAGGAGCAGGGAUCUCCUGCCCUAGCUCGUGAGCACUCAGGCAGCCCACAGCAGGAGGUGUCUGCCAGCAUGAGGAGGAACGAAAACUACCUGCCAGUCCCUGGUGAGGAGAAGAACCUGGAUGUGGACUUUGUCAACACCAAUGCCAGGAGCAACGAGUCCAUACCAAUGAAAAAUCUGUAUGCAGAUGAUGGUUCGCCUCUUUAUUCAUCACGACUUGGCCCAUACUUCUCUGAUGGGCGGCGGCGGGUGGACUACGUGCUGGCAUACCAAAUCCAAAAGCCUGCCAGCAUCCGGCGCCAGUCCUCCAGGUUCAGCGAAAAUAACUUCAUCCGACGGCUCCGGCGCAGCAUGAGCAUGAGAAGCAGCCGUGCCCCCCUGCAGCCUAAAGAGGACCCUGAGAUUGCCGCCCAGGAUCAACGGACUGACUACCAUGAGGAUGACAAGCGCUUUAGGCGGGAGGAGUUUGAGGAAAACCUCCUGGAGACGGGGCUGGAGCUGGAAAAGGAUGAAGCGACUAAGAUCUCUGGAAUUGGCUUCUUGAAGAUCCAUGCUCCUUGGAACGUUCUGUGCCGUGAGGCUGAGUUCAUGAAGCUCAAGAUGCCAACAAAGAAGGUUUACGAGGUGAAACAAGGCAGUAAUCUGGUGGAGAAGAUCCGACUGUUCAUUCACAAAGUCACAGCUCCCCUCCACCCCAAAGUGGACGCCAACCGACCACAAAGCAUCAAGUCCCUCUCUCACCCCUUCUCCAGAGAGAAGCAGCAUCUGUUUGAUCUCUCUGACAGGGACAAGUUCUUUGACAGCAAGACCCGGAGCUCAAUAGUCUAUGAGGUUCUGAAGAGGACGAGGUGCACCCGAGCCAAAUACUCCAUGGGUAUCACCAGUCUACUAGCUAAUGCUGUCUAUACGUCUGCUUACCCUCUGCAUGAUGGAGACAUCGACGGGGUGAAUGCAGAAACUAACGACAGGAAGCUGCUGUAUGAGGAGUGGGCCAGCUACAGUGUCUUCUACAAGUACCAGCCCAUCGGACUCAUAAGGAAGUAUUUCGGGGAGAAGGUGGGACUAUAUUUUGCCUGGUUAGGAGUCUACACACAGAUGCUGAUCCCUGCAGCCAUCGUUGGAGUCAUCGUGUUCCUCUACGGCUGCGCCACUGUUGAUGAUAACAUACCGAGUAUGGAGAUUUGUGAUCCCAGGAACAACAUCACCAUGUGUCCGCUGUGUGACCGCGCCUGCAGUUACUGGAAGCUGGUGUCAGCGUGCGGUACUGCCCGAGCCAGCCACCUGUUUGAUAACCCUGCCACCGUCUUCUUCUCCAUCUUCAUGGCCCUCUGGGCGGUUCUCUUCAUGGAGCACUGGAAGAGACGACAGAUGAGGCUCAACUAUGUCUGGGACCUGACAGGCUUCGGAGAGGAGGAACAGGACCACAACCGAGCCGAGUACGAGUUCCGGGUCAUGAAAAAGACAGUGAAACAGGACCAAUCAGGCACCACGGAUGAGAAAGUGAAGCUGACCUGUACAGACAGAAUGCCAGCCUACCUGACUGCUGUGGUGAUGAUGGGCUUCAUGAUCCUUGUGACGUUUGCUAUAGUCUUCGGGGUCAUCCUGUACCGGAUCAGCAUUAAGGCAGCGCUGCACAUGAGCACCUACCCCGCAGCACGGUCCAACAUCAGAGCCACAGUCAAAACCACAGCUGCCAUCAUCAACCUCAUCAUCAUCAUCAUCUUAGAUGAAAUCUACGGCGCCAUCGCCCGCUGGCUCACCAAACUGGAGGUGCCAAAGACUGACAAGAGUUUUGAAGAACGUCUCAUCUUCAAAACUUUCAUCCUGAAGUUUGUCAAUGCAUUCACACCCAUCGUCUAUUUGGCCUUUUUCAGGGGCAGGCUUGUUGGGCGGCCUGGAAGGUACUUGUAUGUUAUUGGAUCGUACAGAAUGGAAGAGUGUGCUCAUGCAGGCUGCCUCAUGGAGCUGUGCAUCCAGUUGUGCAUCACUAUGCUGGGCAAGCAGCUCAUCCAGAACAACCUGUUUGAGAUUGGCAUGCCUAAGCUGAAGAAGCUACUCCGGAGGAGGAAGUCAGAGUUGGACUCAAAGCAAGAGGAGGAGCUGAACAAAACCCUACAGCGGCAUGAGAAAGACCACAUCCUGGGUCCUUUCGUUGGCCUCAGCCCCGAGUACAUGGAGAUGAUCAUCCAGUUUGGGAUGGUAACUCUCUUCGUGGCCUCCUUCCCUCUGGCUCCUCUCUUCGCUCUUCUGAAUAACAUCAUUGAGAUCCGCCUGGAUGCCAAGAAGUUUGUCAUGGAGCUGCGUAGGCCGAUUGCAGCCAAAGCCAAAGACAUCGGCAUCUGGUAUAACCUCCUGAGAGGCCUCAGCAAGGUAGCAGUCAUCGUUAAUGCCUUUGUCAUCUCCUUCACCUCCGACUUCAUCCCUCGGCUGGUGUACCAGUACAUGUACAGCCUGGACGGCACCAUGCACGGCUUCGUCAACCACACUCUGUCUUACUUCAACGUCAUUGACUUCCAGCCCGGCACGGACCCUCUCCAGCCAGGGCACCUGGGCCACAAUGUGUACACAUGCAGGUAUAAGGACUACAGAGAGCCCCCCUCCUCCAGCACACCGUAUGAACUCUCCAAGGAGUUCUGGGCGGUUCUGGCCGCUCGCCUCGCCUUCGUUGUUGUCUUUCAGAACGUGGUGAUGCUUAUGAGUGACUUUGUGGACUGGCUGAUCCCGGACAUCCCCAAGGACAUCAGCCUCCAGAUGCACAAGGAGAAAAUUCUCAUGGUGGAGCUUUUCAUGAAGGAGGAGCAGGGCAAAAGGCUUGCAGCACGAGACAACCACAACCAGGACAACUGCAACUCCCCCUCCUCUGCGACUCAGACCCCCCCGCAGCCGCGCUCAAGAACCGGCACACACGCAGCCGGGUGGGAAAACAGGCAUAAGCAGCCAGAAGCAAACACAGCACCUAUAUACAAACUGUAAAUACUUUCGGAUAGCUGUUAAACACAUGAUCCGUUUUUAAUUAUCAGCACAGCUUUGCUGCGUUCAUGUUGUUUGGUAAUACUUGCAGGAAUGACCUUGCUGUCAAAACUUUAACGUGUUAGCAUUAGAACUAAUUGUUUGCCUCUUUUUUAUCUUUUUUCCCAUGUAAAGAGCAAGCCAUACAUUAGGCAGACAUCCAGCCAGUGGUUAAACAAUGCUCGUAGGAUUUAGAAUUGCAAAAACAUUAUUUAUUGAAUGAACUGUGUUUGAAGGGAACAAGCCAUUAGCUUUACUUGACUCUGGGAACAUUUGUUGUUAAUGGGACCUUCAUUCAGGAUGUCCAAACCUAACCCUACCUGCAACUUAAUAUGAAUAUUUUGAGCAGUACGUUCAUAACUGCUAUUUUUCUCACGGGACUUGAAUGCAGCUUUUAUAUUAAAGACAGCCUCCGUCCAAAUGGCACUGCUGAGAAGAAUUCCCUCCCAACCCAAGAGGACGUCCUCUCUCCUGCCGACACUAGAGGUCAGAUAGGCCUUUUACCCCUUUUCGCUGCACAGUUAUAUACAAAUGCAAGAUUUAUUGAUGUACUGUUUUUAACGCGCAACAUGGUCGAGCACAUGUGUUUAGUUUGUUGAGAUGAACAGCAGAAGGUUUUGGAAGACCUUCUGUGUCAUCGAUUUGUACUCUUCUUUUGUACGAGCACCAUUUUGCUCCUCGUUACAUUUGUUAUGACUAUGUACAAAGUGUCAGACAGUGCUCAGUGGCAUUAUUCCUGGAAGCACAAGUCACAUUAUUAUUCAUUCCAAUGAACUGGAGGUCUUAAAGCUGUAUUUGGCUAUUUAGAGGAUAACCACAAAAUGACGUCAUGCUCCAUCUCCUCACGCUGACAUGAUACUUCGGGUUUGCCCUCAUAACCGUGAGAGAAAUAUUUUCAACACCAUUUUUUUUAAUGAAAAUGAUUCCUUGAGCUUUAUAAAUUGAUUGUUUGGUGUUUGUCUUACGGAAGAUGUCGGCACAAAAAGUUGAAAAACCACAGACUGAAUAUCAAAGUAAAUCUACAGUAGUUACCGUUACAUCAGCCAUUGGUUUGGACACUACCGUUUCAUGCCUCAAAUGUUCUAUAUUGGUUGUAACCAUCUUUUAUGAUACAUGUAUUUGGAGGAGAGGUACUUUAGGAAGUGGAGAGGAAGCAGGCCGGGCAAUGCUAGGUAUUGUUAGCAUAACAAGCACUAAAUCACCAGCUAACGCUAGUUCUGUUUAUUUAGUCAAUUAUGAUCCCAACUUUAACCCAUUCACAGUCUGUUUUGAGUACAUGGAAGUGAACUGUAACUGCUCUGUUGCCUGAAGUAGUUCUUGUUCAGCAUUUGGCUUUAUUUUACGUCACCCUCUUCAAGAUAAUGAAGACCAAAAAUCCAGACGGCCGAAAUGCUAAACUCCAGGCUUCACUAGCCAGUGGGUUACUUCAUGGUUGCUGUUUCCACCUCUUGUUUAAAGUCUAGUCUAGGAUUUACCAGAUAAAAGACACUUUGAUUCGUUUGCUCAAACAUUAUUUGCCUGGCGGAUAUAGGCCUGAGAGUCAGAAGCUAACUGCUAAUGUUUGCUCAACUUGUAAGUUUGAAAUGUCCCUUGAAUGGAAUUCUUCAUUAGGUUUAAAUAUAUGUAGUUAUAACAAACAAAAUCAAAAAAAUGAUCUCAAAAUAUGUGGCUAAACAUUUAAUUAAAGUCAGUUUAUGACUGAUUCUACGACGAAUUGGCAAGGUAAACAGCUGAUGGUUAAAACGGUUAAGGUUAAUGGUAGAAAACAUUUGGGAAAAUGUAUGUACACUAAUUGGCGAAGUAUAUUAUGUAGAGAUAGUAUUUUUUAGACAUUUUAAUUGCGGAAAUGCUACAUUUGAUACCUUCUAAAGUUGUGCACUGAAGACGGAUUUCAAUGAUUAGUCACGUGUAGUAGUACUGAAAUGUGCAUAGUGUUCUUAUAUAAACCAGGAAACGGCAUCUUGACACAAAGGUGAAUCGUUCCACACUCAUAUCACUAUGGGCUCAUUACUUAAGGGGUCACUGCAUCUGGCUGAAGUAGGAAUUUUGAGCUUCUUAAACACCCUUAAAAGCAGUGCCCGUGUUUUGCUCACACCACAGUGACAGCUUUACGGCCUUACAUCCUCCCAGCCUGCUUCAGGACUCCCUCAACUAUCACUGACAUGUUUCAGAUUUCCAUCAGCAGAUUCCUAUAAAGCAGAGUUUCCCAGAAAGGCAACACUGUUCAUAUUUUAUUAUCUUUCCUUUAUAUAAAGCUUUCAAAUCAUUGGCAUUUACAUAAAGCUGCAACUCUUUACUGAUCCAAGCACAAAGACUGAAUAAUAUUUUGUUUUGUAUUUAUCAAUCUGCAAAAAAUAACAUGUGGGAGUGACUGGAUGCCCCUUUUAAUGUACUGUAGUCUGAAAGGAGCAGUCACAUGUACAGUCCACACUGUGUCAAAUCCUGCCCCCUGCUGUAAAUAUAUCAAACUACCCCUGAUUUAAGCCCUAACCCAGACUUAUAGAAUGUAUUGUUAUUUUAUUUUCCAUUGAUAUAUAAUCACUUUUAGGUCAAAAUGUUGUUCUGUUUUCUCGAUUCAUGACAAUGCUUUUAAUGUGUCUAAAGGGUUUUAUCAGCCCACAGGGGACCACCCAUCACAAAGACAGUGAUGUAUUUUAUCUGAUUGUCAUCAUUUGAAUUGUUUGGUGUACUAGAAACGAUGAAUUUGAAUUUAUUUUUGCUGUAUCUGGGAAACAUCUCCUAACACAGACUACAAAGACAUUUUAACACAGGAGAUUUAGCUUUUUUUGGAAUAUGACUCUCUUUUUGAGCAAGGACUGCACAUUUUAUUUUUUACCAAAUCUUAAUAAUCUGUAUGUAAGUAGGCCAGUGUUGAUAUCUAGUGAUAGAUGCUGUGACAGGGCUGCGGAGCUAGUGUUAGCUACAAUGUGUGUUUUCCCUCUUAAUCUCUUAUAAGAUGAUGUCACAUGUGAAGCCCCUCCCAGGGCGUCCCCCAUGAGAUGUCCCCUUCCUUGUGUGUCAUGUUGUAUUUUCAGCAUCAAUUAAACACUGCAAGUUGUGACAUGCUAAUAUCUAUUAUAUCAUGUGUCAAAGCACAUUUCACAACAUGUGUGAGUGUUUAUGCAUGUUUAACCGAUUUGUCUGUCUCUGAUAUUCUGAGUCGGGUUUUGGUUCUACUAAGUGCAAAUAAAUGCAAAAUGAACUGCC